GGCUUGCCAGCUUCCAACUUUCGCGCAACCAGCUUUGGGAGACAUCAAUGUCACCACCGCAUCUGCUCACCAAGCCAUGCAGUAAAUUUCCAGACGCGAUGACGCCGGCAUCAUCCACGGCUGGUCGUUUCCUCAGACCUAAGCUCAAACAAGCCUCCUUCAUCCUCCCAAGUACUGGACAACGGCUCAGAGGCCUUAUUAAUUUAUCGCCCGACAGAGAAAAUGAUAACCUGGGAGAAAGAGAACCGUUACUCGGCCAGAGCGCAGUGGUUCCAAGCGCCAAAACCGCGACAUUCUGGCGCAAACUCCAUGAAAGAUUUAGAGGUCUCAUAUAUGCGCUGUACUUAUUUACUACAUCCGAAGCCGGCAGAGGUGUGCUUAAAUGCAGCAUCGCCUAUUUGAUUGGCACCUUGGGGACAUUUUUACCGGUAUUUGCGGCUUUCCUUGGGCGGCAGGAUGGAAAACACAUGGUGGCAACCAUCACGGUAUACUUCCACCCAGCGAGGACGAGGGGUAGCAUGAUAUUAGCAACGAUACAUGCUUUCUUGGCAUUUACAUAUGCGACCCUCAUAUCUGUGACUAGCAUGGGCAUUUCGGUGUUCUUUGAGGACAAACUUGGUCUCCUCCCUCUUGGGCAUGCGAUCGUCCUCCUCGUUUUCUGUGGAGGGGGACUGGGCUUUAUUGGAUGGGUAAAGCUUCGGCGUGCUGAUCCGUUGGCAAACGUGGCCUGCUCUCUUGCGUCUCUGGCUAUCAUUACUGUUUUGACAAAGGAGGGAGCUGUACAACAGGGCGACUUGUCCCUUGCUAAAAUAUUCCAGGUUCUAAAAAUUAUUGUGAUGGGAGUCAUAGCGACUAUGGCGGUUUGUUUUCUACUCUUCCCCGUGUCCGCACGAACCCAGCUUCGCAAAGAUUUAGUUGAGAUUACUGGUUCGCUGGGCACUAUGCUAGCGAUCAUCAUGGAGAGCUUCCUGCAAGGGUCCGCAGAGCAUCUUGAGAAGGACUCGUUCAAAAAUGCUUCCAGCCGGAACAAAAAGGCAUACGUUGCGGUUGAUAAGUGGCUAAAGGAGGCUAAGUUCGAACACUACUUUGCGGGGACGGAAAGGGAAUAUCGCCUUGAAAAAAAGCUUGUUCGGUGUAUUCAGGACAUCACCCAGAAUAUCGGAGGACUUCAGAGCGCUGCCACCCUUCAAUUUGACCUUUUAAAGCAAUCAGAGCAACAUUCCCAUGUUACCCCGAUUCAAGAAGGCGUAUACUCAUCCUAUUUUAGCUCCGGGUUACACCCUUCGAUUUUCUCACCGGCUGCACUGUCUCUUAACGAGGAACCAAGUAACUCAAUCCCUGUUCGAGAUCUAGCACACGGCGGCAGGCCAACGACAGAUCUAGGUGAGACCCUCUUGGGAUCUAGCCCAGGAAAUCACUCCCAUUCUCUUCCACUGACUCCGGCGGAUAUUUUCGAGAAGUUCAUUGUUCACCUUGGCCCUUCAAUGCGUGCAUUAGCAUAUACGGUGACAGAAAUUCUUGGAGAACUUCCGUACACCCCUGGCCCAGAAUAUAAAGUUGCUGUUAACUGUAAAUUUCGCACCAGCUUAGAUCGAGCCCUAGAUUUAUAUCACAGUGCGCGAAAUGAUGCAUUGAAUAUGGUAUAUUUACAGAAAGAUUUUGUCAAGGUCAAGUCCCUUGAGACGGAAGCUGACCUUGAAGAGGUUGCGGCAAGUUGUGGUCAUUUCAGUUUCUCCCUCCAAGCAUUUGCUGAGCAACUCAAAGAAAUCCUAGAAGUGCUUGAUGAGCUUCAAUUAGAAACCGAUGAACGCCCCAACGGCAGGUCCUGGGGUUGGCUCAGAUUUUGGCGCCCUACGCCUCCUGAUCAUAUCAAUAAGUGGACUGCUGUUUCAAGGUCAGCGGCAGAGCGUGGGGAACCAAAUGUUCCAGCCGAAAGUUUCCUUGUCCCAGGAAAAGACGACACGCUGCAACCGCCAGAUAACCUGUCAGCGAGGGACAAGCUGAGAUACAGAGUAUGGAAAGCAUUGCGUAUCUUCCGACGAGACGAAACAAAAUUUUCCAUCAAAGUGGGUGCCGGGGCGGCCCUGUACGCUCUCCCCGCUUUCUUGCCAUCGACGCGACCUUUCUAUUCUUACUGGCGCGGGGAGUGGGGUUUGCUAUCCUAUAUGCUUGUUUGCUCUAUGACAAUUGGCGCAUCCAAUACAACGGGAUUUGCCAGGUUUUUUGGAACGACUUUUGGAGCGAUAUGCGCGUAUAUAGCUUGGAAAAUUACUAACGGGAACGUUUUUGCUCUUGCAUUCAUCGGCUGGGUCAUGGCGUUCGGCACCGCCUACCUUAUUCUGGUUAAAAGCCAGGGCCCGAUGGGGCGUUUCAUUGUGCUCACUUACAACCUCACUGUUCUAUAUGCCUACUCUCUCUCAAGAGACGAUGUUGAUAAUGGCGAAGAUGAGGGCGGAGCUACGCCAAUAGUACUUAACAUUGCUGUCCAUCGUGUCGUAUCUGUCUUGUCUGGAAUUAUCUGGGGGAUCAUUAUCACCCGGCUGAUCUGGCCUAUCAGCGCGCGGAGAAAGCUAAAGGAUGGACUAAGUUUGUUGUGGCUCUGGAUGAGUGUGAUAUGGAAACGAGAACCUCUGUCGACGAUGACUGAUGGAAAGUCCGCCAUUGCAUAUUUCACCCCUAGGGAGAAAUUAGAGCUCCAGAGAUUCCUGGUCCGCCUAGAAACACUAUAUACUUCGGCGCGGUCAGAGUUCGAAUUACGCGGCCCUUUUCCCGAUGCUACGUAUAUAGCGCUCCUUAGUCGAACUCGACGGAUGUUAGAUGCCAUCCAAGCCAUGAAUCUCGAGAUUAUGAAAAACUUAACAGCUUCGGAAGGCGAGGCGGCUAUGCUCGCAUAUACCCUACCGCAGAGAAUGCAGCUCUCUGCGCGAAUAAGUCAUUUAUUGUCCGUGGUCGCAUCCUCCAUGAAACUCGAGUACCCUCUGAAUGACUCUCUACCGGAAAUAGAGCAUUCGCGAGACAGGCUCCUUGCGCGAUUGCACCGGUUCCGUCAAGAUACCACGGUCUCUAGGUUGACAACUAAUGAAGACUACGCUUUACUCUAUGCAUAUGUUCUAGUUACGGGACAGUUAGGAAACGAAAUAAUGACGAUUAUUGGCGAAUUAAGCAAACUGUUUGGGAUAUUGGAUGAGGAUAUACUGAAGCUGGAUUAGGACAGGGGGCGUUUAUUCUAUCCAUGCAAUAUGAUUUUACUUCUUGUAAAAAUAAUUCCCCAAGUAUAUUUAUAGGCGUAUUCAAACGAACACAGAUAUCCAAAAGCCAUAAAUAUUAUUACCCAGCGUAGAUAACUUA